CUCUAUUCACGGUUCAAAUGUUCAAGCCAACUUGUGCAACCAGUGCUUCCUAUUCACAGGGCAGAGCAACUUAUUUUCUCAUCAUCAUGCCGAAUCUAUCACUGUCAUACUUCGGUCAAAUACCUUUGUUCAACAUAAGCGUUGCAUCGUUCGAACACUUCAACCGCGUUGCAAAAACCAUAAUCCAACAAUAGAACCAAUUCUCUCUUGAUACUCAAAGCUCGUGUGAGUUAGACAUCAGAUCCUUAUAAAAGGAGUUUUGUAAGUGUAGACAAGGAAUCAGAUCGCAAGUUCAGAUCCAUAUGUUUUUUUUUGUGACAAUGUCAGAGGACAACGAAACUAAGCUACCCAAGGUUCCCAAUUCACCAAAGAAAGUGGUGCGACAGAAACGAGACCGGCGGAAGAAAAGCCUGAUACAUAAGGCCUAUGAAUACAGUAAGCUGUGCGACGCUGACAUAUACCUCGGCAUUCGGCUUCGAGAUUCCGGGCAAGUCACGACGUUCCAGGCUGAUCCGACUGGGUUUUGGUCGAGAUUUUCAUCUCAUUUGGAGGGAUAUUACCCACGGCCGGUACAGAAAACAGACAAGGAUUUUGACGAACUCGCUGCUGGUGAAAGUGCUGGUGAAGAGGACAAGAUCAAACCACUAGAAGACAAGGCCGUACUUUAG